AUGCCCUUCCGCCUCCACCUCAUCCGCCACGCAGAAGGCACCCACAAUCCCACCCACGACACCACCAUCCUCGACCCCCCACUGACAGCAACCGGCGUCGCGCAGUCAGAACAAUUAUGUCGUGAUUUUCCCUAUCACGACUCCGUCGGACUAGUCAUUGCAUCUCCACUGAAACGAACACUACAAACAGCCGUUGUUGGUUUCGCGAAAUGCAUUGAUGGAAAGUACACCAACACAGGCGUUCAAAACGGUGCUCGUUUCUCGCUUGAAGCAGACGUCCAGGCGCACUCUGCUCGGCCCUGUGAUACGGGCUCAGAUAUUUCGGUUCUUCGUGAGGAGUUUCUGGGUCUGAGCUGGGAUAUACUAGAGGAAGGGCUGGAUCCUGUAUUUCCUGCCAAAACGGGGGCGUAUGCGCCUGAUGCGGAGGUGUUGCGGGAGCGGGGACGGAGGAUGCAGAGGAGAUUAGAGGGGUACUUUAGAGAGUUGGAGGGGAGUGAGAGGCCGGAUAUUGUGGUCGUCACGCAUGGGGGGUUUAUGAGGUUUGUGGCUGGGGUUGAGAAGAUGUGUGCUGGGCCUGCGAGGUGGAGGACGCUGGAGGUGAGCACGUCUACUUCUUUCAGCUGCGUAGAUUAA